GUCGCGACCGAAACCAUGGGCCAUUUUACAAAAUCCGAAAAUCGCCGUAAAAUCCACCUGCCGUCCUCAGUCCUCACUUUCGUCCACCGCCUUCUCCCGCCGCCGCGGCGUUUUCCCGUCUCCGUCUUCGCUCACCGACCUCUGGGCCAGGAGUUUGCGCUCCGAUUCCCCGCCAAUGCUCGGGCCAGGGCGUUCUGCUACCGCCUUGCUGUUUCUGGCGGCGACGGCGGGAGAUGUCAAGUUUGUCAUGGAUAGGCCGCGAGCUGGUCAGGCUGCGGAGAGGACAUGGGCACAGGGCACAGGGCGGGCUUGCGGCGGUACGGAGAGCGCGCGGGUGCUUACCACCAUCAUGGCGCCUGAUCAGUGCGCUAUUGUGCAUUUGUGCUCUUGGGAUUGGCUAGGUGGAUAAGGAGGAGUGGCGGAUGCGGCUAGGGGUCGAGCCGGACUCCGAGCGCGAGGGUCUCCGGUAUCCAUGACUCUCUGCCAUGCCACGGAAUGCUUGCAUGAUCACGGAUGUGAUUACCACCAUUAAACUGCGGUCCUGCCUCGAUCGAUGGAUGAAAUUUGCAAGGUUAGCGGGGAGCUGAGAUUCUACUGUAUCUGCACUUUUCUGCCUCAUUUUGUGCAUUUGCGUGAUAUUGGUUUCCAUGUAACUCUUGACAACUGAAAAAAGGCUGUAUGUUAUUAAGCCUCCGCGCUGUAUUGACCUGCCAGCUGGUCAUUCCAGAGCUACACUAUGACGGAACUAGAGUGAUUUUCCUUGUUGUCCAUGCACAGCUAGACUGUAAUGUAUUGCAACUUGUGGAAAGGUGAACACCAGGAAAGAACUGUUCUGCAAAGAGAACAUAUAUUGCCAAGCGGUUCAUAAGAAAACAGGCAAUUUGGGAACCAUACCUUGGUAUUUAAGACCUCUUGACGACUUAUUUUUAUGUGGGAAAUUUUAGUUCCGCUUGCAAUCAUACAUCCAAUAUCUCAAACAGUUUUUUACGAUCGCAAUGGCCUGAAUGUGUUAUUGUUUGUUACGAUUAAGAAUGAGCGAUCGGUGAUAGUGGUGGGACAGUAUAUGCUGUAAAAACCGCCCGCUCGAGGAACAUGAUGGUACUUGUAGUGGUCACCGAGCAGCAUGGUAACUUGAUCCUCAACUAAGGAUGCCACAAACAAGUGAAGUUGUCAUUUACCGUUGUUGUUUUGACAGGAAUAAGAGUAUAAUGGUUGGGUACUAUAGGUAACAUUGUUCAUUGAGAUGAAUAUCUGGGAGGAUUCAUGGGUGUGGCUCUGGAAGCAUAGAAAUGUCUGUGUGUUCAAUGGAGCCUCCCCGAACAUCUUCACCAUUCUCCAAAAUAUCCAUGAUGAUGCUAAUCUUUGGGGGCUGGCUGGGGCAAUAGCCCUUAGGAGAUUAUGGCCUUAGAUCUUCAGGGUGUUCUCCCUGGGCUUGUGGUUUUUCUGUUUUAUUUGGCUGCCAAUCUGGCGCCUUGUAUUUGGUCUAUUUUAGACCUUUCCCUUUCUUCUUAAUAUAUUUAAUGCGCAGUUCUCCUGCGCGUUCGUGAAAAAAGUCAGCUGAAAAGAUUAUACGUCAGUAUGUUCCAUUUUGUAAGCUUGAUAAAAUCGUUAAUGGCUAUUCAGGUUUUUUUUAAAAAUUAAACCAACUCCUGUACCAAAUACUGAAUUCAUCAUAUACUACUCAGUUAAGUUUCAGUACAUUGUUGGAUACAAUAAAUGGGUAUUUGUCACUUUGGUGUGAUUACCAGCAUUUUUUUCGAGUAAUUGCCUAGGCGGCAAGGCGUACCCGAGGUGCCACUGGACGGCACAAGGUUUUAGUUACGCCAUAUCGCCUAGGCUUAGCCUAGAAGGCACCUAGGUGUCCAGGCGUACUCCAGUGUGCGUGACACCGCAACUCCACAAAAACAUAAUUUUUUAUUAACUUUUCAUUUUUUAUGCGUAUCUUGUAUUCUAGACUCUAGCAUUUAAUCAGCCAUGCAGAAGUUUCUCUUGCCACAGCAAUACAGGUACAGCUUCAUUCUAGCCAUAACAUUUAUAUCCCGAUGAUACAACGGUGUUCUACCCGAUGCAUUUAUAUACUGAUAAUAUAAUGUUCUUCUACAUUAAGGAGCGAAUCUGCAUUAAAUCUUGGAUAUCAUUUUUGAAAAGGCGAACGUUACCGCUCCUAUGCAUCUGCUGGCUAUUUAUAUCCGCCGUGCUAGUGUCCUCUCUCAGUUGCCUCAUAAUCUCCUUGUUGCUCCUUCACCUGGAAAGGUAUGUGUUUUCUUAACCUCCUUUCAUGCAUCUUAGAUAUCUUCUGUUUCUGAUGUGUGCGGCUAUUGUUCUGAUAUGUCGCAUAGCAAGGCCUUGUUCUUGGUUUCUACUUUCCAGACUAUCUGAUCCUUUUAUGCUAGGACAACCCCCAUACUUCAACCUAGUUUGUUGUGUUCCUUCCGAGUUUUAAAUUCAUUCUCUUUGUUCUAAUACUAUAUGAUGCCCCCACCCUCUUUUUUGCAUGCUCCUGAUGAUUAUGCAAUAACUAUGAUCUAUCUCAGCGAGGUAGCGGGUGAGCUUCACGGGUUGGAUUUGAAUUGGUUACUUCAUCGAUGUCUCAAGGGAACACAACAAAGGCAUCUGAGUGCUCUACUCCUGCAAUUCUGAAUAUGUCCGAUGAUAAUGGUCCGUCUGAGAUGGGUGUUGGUCAGCCAAUGGUUGUUGGCAGGAAGCUGCUUCCACCAAUUGUACCAGGUGGUGAACCAAUUUUUGUGUGUGAAAAGCAGUAUGCUGCUAUCCUUCGUCUGCGUGAACGCCGGCUUCGUGCCAAAGAAGCAAGGGAGCGAAGGUUGCUCCAAGCCAAGAAGAACCGUCCAAGAGGUCCUAAUGGGCGUUUUGUCAUGAUCAAGGACAAUCAGGAAGAGCCCAAUGGAGGAAGCAUGGUGGAAUGCAACCCUGCCCCAGGAGACAGUCAUCAGCACUUAAUCACAACCAGUGGAUACCAGCAAGUGACCACUGGUGGCAGUGAGGCGCAAAGCAGCAUCCCAUUAGGUUUCUAUUGGUAUGUUUUCACAACCAGUGAAGGUGGGCAAAGCAGCACCCCUGCUGGAAUGGGUUUCUACUAUCCCUUCAACACAACCAAUGGCGGGGAAAAUGUCGGUGGCGUCGCCUCUGGCAGUGAGGUGCCAAGCAGCAAUGCCCCAAGCGGCUUCUUUUGGCCCCUCAUCAUGGCCAGCAGCGAGGAAAACAAUGGUGAGGUCACCUACGGCAGCAUGGUACCGAUCAGCAACCCUGCAGGAUACUUCUGUUGGCCCGUGGCUGUGACCAAUGAACACGGGGAAGACACUGGUGAGUCUGCCGAUGGGGGCGAGGCGCCAAUAAGCAACCCUGCAGGAGACUUCUGCAGUUGGCCUGUUGUCGCAACCAACGACGAUGAGGAAAAUGUCGGCGAGGUCGCCUACAACAGCGUCCUGAACCUCGAAUCACCUGACCACACCGACCUCCUCAGGAUCAUGAUGGGCAACAGGUACAGCACUGAUGAAGCCUCGGAGCAGUUCCAGAACGUGGCCCGCCUCCAGGCUCCUGGCUUCACCGCCCUCCUAACCGUCAUGAACAACGCAGGGUACGGUCCGGCUGCGGACUGUGGCCCCCACGAUGCGCACAAAGUGAUGACAAGGUUAGAAGGGUGGUAGAGGUAGACCAGCGGCAGGCCACACUUAGGCCUGCCCCCCCCCCCCCCCCCCCCCCCCCCCCCUGCUCCCGUUCUACAGGCUGUUGGUUUACUUAGCUCCCUGGCUGUUGACUUGCUGGCUAUCUGCUCCCUUUUGGUUGUGUUAAGACUUGUCAGAUUCUCGGUAUGUGUGGUGGUCCAGCUGAGAAGGAUUACUGGACCUGUUUGGUUAAUAAGGUUAUGUACUGAGCCUAGCUAUCACCCAGGUUUUUGAGUCCUCAUGAACUCGAACUUGGAUGUCGUCUGUUGCUUCUUGUUUACAUUGCUAUUUGCUACCUAGUUUCUUCUGGAUUGGUUAAGUUUUUUUGUAUGGCCAUGUACCGAACUGGCGCUGGAGCAUGUUUAAACCUGAAUGGUUUUAGGGACGUGGUUUAUGGAUGAUGUUAAA